UCUUCUCCUCUCUCUCUGUAGCGGUGCACCGAUGAGAGGCUGUGGAGGAAAAGCUCUUGUCCAGAGCUCUGUUGUUCCUUUCCACUCCCUCUGUGUCUGCAGCUCUAACUUCUUGCGCUGUUUUCCUGCGCGUAAAAACUUUGGGGAGCGCCGGUCUCCUCCUCCACCUCCGUGCGUAACUCUCUGGAAGCGCUUGUUCAAAAACCUGGGAAGAAAACUCUCUCUUUAUUUCUGGCACCUGUUGCUGAGAGCACGGAGCACAGAACUGGACUUUAUCCCUGCGGGACAACUUGGGUCUGACCCGGUCCACGGCUCCACGGAACACGCUCCAGCAGCUGCCGCGGCCGCUUGGACACCCCCACCGCCACUCUGCGCCGCCUCAUAAAAACGGCCGCUUUUGUGACCAAGACGAACACUUUAGACAUCGAGGAGUGAAAUGAAAGAGGGAAGGAAGAGUUACUGAAAGUGACACUUGAAGGAAUCUGUGCGCGUCUCGUUUAAAGCGCAAGCGCUGAAGAGCAGGAUCGGGGGUGAAAACGGCGCAGUGUGGGAGAUUUCCGACCGGACAGCGGGACUUCAACACCUCGGAUGGUGGAGGGAGAAAGUUUUCCUGCAGAUCUGAGCUGAAGUUCUACUCCAGAGAAGAAGAGAAGGUUUGGUGCUGACUGUAGCAGACUUUAGGACAGAGGUGUUCCCCCCCACCAUCUCCUCCCCCUGCUGGCUUAAUUCCUACCAACCUCACACCCACAGAGCACUUUGCCCCGCACUGGCUGCUCGGCGGUGCCGCGGCGGACAAUCAUGGACAACAGGCCCGUCCCGAGGAGUCGAACCGGAGCCGUCCCACAUCUGCUGCAGCUGGCGUGCCUCUUUCUCGCCUGCAGCUCCCAGCUUCUGAUGGUGGAGGCAAACUCGUGGUGGUCUUUAGGUCUGACCCCAAUCCAACGGCCCGAGAUGUACAUUAUUGGUGCUCAGCCUCUCUGCAGUCAACUUUCGGGCCUUUCGCAGAGUCAGAGGAAGCUGUGCCAGCUAUACCAAGAUCAUAUGAGCUACAUCGGAGACGGGGCGAGAACUGGCAUCAAGGAGUGCCAGUACCAGUUCAGACAGAGGAGGUGGAACUGCAGCACUGUGGACAACACGUCCGUGUUUGGACGGGUCAUGCACAUUGCCUCAAGGGAGACGGCGUUUACCUACGCCAUCAGCGCGGCCGGUGUCGUGAACGCCAUCAGCCGGGCAUGCCGCGAGGGUGAGCUCUCCACCUGUGGCUGCAGCCGCGCCGCCCGGCCCCGUGACCUGCCGCGCGAUUGGCUGUGGGGAGGCUGCGGCGACAACGUGCAUUACGGCUACAGGUUCGCCCGGGAGUUUGUCGACGGCAAGGAGCGGGAGAAGAAUUACCCUCGCGGGACAAAAGAGCACGCUCGAAUCCUCAUGAACCUGCACAACAACGAGGCCGGCAGACAGGCGGUCUACAACCAAGCACAUGUUGCCUGCAAGUGUCACGGAGUCUCCGGUUCCUGCAGCCUGAAAACUUGUUGGCUUCAGCUGGCUGAUUUCAGGCGAGUCGGAGAAUUUCUGAAAGAGAAAUACGACAGUGCUGCAGCCAUGCAGAUUGGACGCAAGGGAAAGCUGGAGCUCAAAGACAAGCGCUUCAACAACCCGACAGCUGAGGACAUGGUCUACAUUGACCCGAGUCCUGACUACUGCCUCCGAAACGAGACCACGGGCUCUCUGGGAACGCACGGCCGCUACUGCAACAAAACCUCGGAGGGCAUGGAUGGCUGCGAGCUGAUGUGCUGCGGCAGAGGUUACGACCAGUUCAAGACCUACAAGCACGAGCGCUGCCACUGCAAGUUCCACUGGUGCUGCUACGUCAAGUGCAAGCGCUGCACGACGCUCGUGGACCAGUUUGUGUGCAAAUAGCGCGCUGGGGAACUCUGCCCCAAAGAGAUGUGAAUAAAAAAAAAAGAAGCGGUGAAGGAGAAUAUAAUGAAGAGUGAUGAUAUCCAUUUUAAUGUAAAGUGCUGAUCAGUGGACUGAUAUAAAAAAAAAUAUAUGUCCAAUAUCCUGACCACGAUCCUGAUGGAAGGAUGAACGAGCACAAGUGAUGAACAGAUGAGGAUGAAAGGGAAAAAAAGGACCAAGCUUGAAUCCCUCAAAGUGGGACACAUUGACCUGUGUGGGCUGAAGACAUAAGAUAAAAAUAUAAGUAAACGAGAAAUAAAUAUACAACUUAUACAUUUUAA